CCGAAAUGUGACAUAUAUCUAUCAAGCGCUUAACAAAGUGUUAUAUCAGAUAAGCUCAAUUACCCCAUUGUUUGCCAAAACUUGGUACUUGAAUAAGCAUUUAAACAAGAGAAUAUAAACAUUGUCGACCUGCUACACAUCAGCUGUUUUGAAAGGGAAACUUUCAGACUCAUAAAAACAUGGGGUUUGAUGUGGACAGAUUUUUGGAGACUAUUAAUGAAGGAUUGUUGUGUUGCAUUUGUCGUGACGUACUAGAGGACCCAGUUCAGGCUCCAUGUGAGCAUGCAUACUGCAGAGCCUGUAUUGGAGGGUGGUUGGUUCACGAAACGAUUUGUCCAGAAGACCGAAAACCUCUAUCAUCUUUAAGUCUACGACCGCUUUUUAGAUAUAUGAGGAAUGACUUGAAUCGACUUCAGAUUCGAUGUGAAUUCUAUCGUACCGGCUGUGAUUAUAUUAGUGACCUGGAAUUCAUCCACGGACAUCAGCAGGAAUGUCCUUUUAAGCAAAUCGAAUGCACCAACGUGAAGUGUUCUACUCUGGUUAUGAGAAAAGACCUGCAAGACCAUUUAAAGACAUGCCAGUUUCAUGCCAUGGAAUGUCCGAGUGGUUGUGGUUAUUUGAUGGUUACUCCAGAGGACACGACUCAUAAUUGUAUAACUGAACUAAAGACGGCAAUGGACGUACUAAGAUCUGAAAUUUCAUGUAAAUACGAGGAACAAAAGAGAGAGAUGGAACUUCGAUUAAAUAUGCAACGAAGUCAUAUGGUUCAGAAAGAAGCAACAAUGCAAUCUCAGAUAGAGGAUUUGAAAUCAGAAAUCUCCAAGCUUUCACAGAAGUUGAAAUUGAUGAUGGACCUGGAAAUUCAAAGGAGACAAGAUGUCGAGAAACUGGAACUUGAGAAAAGGGAAUUAAUGGAAGUGUUACGAGGUACAAAUAAGCGGGAAAAUGAACCAUCCUCGUCUGCUGGUCCUAAUGCUAGUGUCUCACAUUGUAAACGAUGUUCACCACUUCAUGGAAAAGUAACAACAAUAUAAUUCAAAGUGAACACAUUGUACAAGACUCGCUUUAAGCAAAUGAAAAUACUUAGUGUGAGUUGAAUAUACAUUUAUUGAGUCUGAUUGUACGAUCGUUCCAAUUUUGGAUAUGCAUCAUUUCUCUGCAUUUUAUCUUCAAGUAUUCGAUUGUAUAGGAGAGUUAUAAUGCAAGAAGAUGUAGUUGGUGAGGGUAAACGGGUUGUCUCUCACAGACAUGAUUCCGACAUGGUACUUAUAUGAAAUAUUGAACUCUGAUGAUUCUUAUUAAUCUUUGAAAUCCUGUUCUAAUUGUAUAAUUUACACUAGUGGUCAGCGUCCUUCAAAGCAGUAUUUACCCAAAGUAAUUCAAAAUCUUAGAAUAAAAUAACAGAUCUAAAAGUUACACUAUGAGCUUACAGCUCAUAAGAACUUUUAGCAUCACUGCGAUUGGUAAAUCGUCAGAUGUUAAAAAAAUUUACCCGUCAGAUGGCAAUAGUUAAGACUUUUUGUUGUUGCAAACUGAACACCCCCCCCCUGAAAAAACAAAACAAAACACAACAAAACCACAGCACGUUGAAUGUCAAGAAUCAAUGUAAAAGUAAUUAUUUCUGAUCGAACAAGUGAAUUCUCAGUGUGGCUAGGUGUGUCAAAUAUGGAAAAUAAUCUAAAAUAUUUGUGGUAUUUAUAAAAGAAUCUAUCAUCUGACAGUAAUCCCCUCCAUAUGGUGAGUGAUAACAGUAGGAUCUAGUACGACAUUAUACCGUUCGUACGUUAACUGAUAUGACCUCAUUUGACCUACAAACAUACAAUACCAUAUUGUAAGUUAAAGUCCAGAAAUACUCUAUAUCAUUGUGUACUUUAUAUGAUGUAAUAAAUAAUUUAUUCAUA